UUAUAAACAAAAGAACCAUCUUUGCAGCUGCAUUUUUAACUUUGAAAGAAAUUUAAAUUAAAUAAUAAAUUUAACACGAAAUCAUGGGUUUUCUUACGGUUUUAAAGAAAAUGAGGCAAAAAGAAAAGGAAAUGCGUAUAUUACUGCUGGGUUUGGAUAAUGCCGGCAAGACUACAAUAUUGAAAAGAUUUAAUGGUGAGCCCAUCGACACAAUAUCACCAACACUAGGUUUUAAUAUAAAAACACUAGAGCAUAAUGGUUACACUCUAAAUAUGUGGGAUGUAGGCGGUCAACGUUCAUUACGUUCCUACUGGCGUAACUACUUUGAAUGUACAGAUGGUUUAGUGUGGGUGGUCGACUGUGCUGAUCGCAUGCGUUUGGAAACAUGUAAAGAAGAAUUGGAAAUUCUAUUGCAAGAAGAAAGAUUGGCUGGAGCCACUUUGCUAGUAUUAGCAAAUAAGCAAGAUUUGCCUGGUGCUUUAUCGGCCAACGAAAUCAAAGAGAUUCUGCAAUUGGACAAUAUUACCACACAUCAUUGGUUAGUUGUAGGAGUUAGUGCAGUUACUGGAGAAAAGCUCUUAAGUGCAGUUGACUGGUUAAUAGAUGAUAUAGCUAAACGCAUAUUUACUUUGGAUUGAAAGGAGUUGGCACUCGUUAAAAACAACUACUAUUUGUUAAACACAUUUCCAUUUUUUAACUUAUUCCUUUAUAAAACAUUUUUUUUAUUUUUCCACCAAAUAUAAUUUGUACAGACGUUUCCAAUCAGCACGUUCAAAUUCUGGUUUUAAAUUCACCUUUACAGUUUCCGCAAAACCUUCCGACAGGGUGGGAACAGUAUAUUUCUUUUUCAUCAUAUUAAAAAUCAUGUCAUUUAUUUUGGAAUGUUUGUUAUCGGUCAGUUGUCGAAAUGCUAUAUUGUGUUUGAUCUGCGCCACGGAAACGUUCAUCAUAAAACAGCGACAAUUGACUUUAUAUUUCUUAGCGAGCUCUACAAAUUUUUUACGUGAUUCAACAUCAACAUUCGUAUUAUCUACAACACAUGAUUUAUUGGACAUUAGAGAUUUCUCACAGCUUUUUAGACAGGCUUGAGUGCUGCCUAAUAUAUCAGCAUUUGCUACAGUGUAACCUAGAUGCGCUAAGUUGUAUUGUGUGAAAUGUGAUUUUCCUAACAGAGAAAAAUAUAAAUUGUAAAAUGUAUUAAAUAAGUUUCCAAAUGCAUAUAAUAAACUAUAUAAAUUUAAAA